ACAACUCGCAUCGUCAGAAAGAAAGCAGGUGUCCAACAUGGCGAACGCGGCCAACGGAUCUCUCGCAGCCCUUCUGUUUUUACUCACGAUUGCGGCAGCUGUUCUUAAAGGAGCAGCUCAGUACCCAGUCCAAAGCCAGAACCUUGUGACAGACAACGUCUCAGUGGUGGAGGGGGAAACGGCCACUAUCAGCUGUCGAGUCAAAAAUAAUGACGACUCCGUCAUCCAGCUCCUCAACCCCAACAGACAGACCAUCUACUUCAAAGAUGUCAGACCCCUGAAGGAUGCUCGCUUUCAGCUGGUCAACUUCUCAGACAAUGAGCUGCGUGUGGCUCUGUCCAACGUGUCUCUUUCAGAUGAGGGCCGAUACGUGUGCCAGCUCUACACAGAUCCUCCACAGGAGGCCUACGCCGACAUCACUGUGCUGAUCCCACCAGGCAACCCAAUCAUCGAGUCCCGCGAGGACAUUGUGAGUGAGGGCAAUGAGACAGAGAUAACCUGCACGGCCAUGGGCAGCAAACCUGCCGCCACCAUCAGAUGGAUGAAGGGAGACAAAGAGCUACAAGGGAAGUCUAAAGUGGAGGUCACAUAUGACAGGAUGUACACUGUGACCAGCUUGUUAAGGUUCACUGUUACAAAGGAAGACGAUGGAGUUCCUGUGGUCUGCAUCGUAGACCAUCCAGCAGUGAAGGAUUUCCAGGCCCAGAAAUACCUAGAAGUACAGUACAAACCAGAGGUGAAGAUCGUGGUGGGGUUUCCACAGGGCCUGACCAGAGAGGGUGAGAACCUGGAGCUGACGUGCAAGGCCAAAGGCAAACCGCAGCCUCAGCAGGUGAACUGGGUGAAAGUGGAUGAUGAUGUGCCAUCUCAUGCCGUAAUCACCGGCACAGACCUCUUAAUCGAGAACCUUAACAAGUCCUACAACGGCACGUACCGGUGUGUGGCCUCCAACUCGGUGGGCGAAUCCUAUGACGAUUACAUCCUCUACGUGUACGAUGCCCUCACCACUACCCCUAUACCCACAACAGCCACUACCACCAUGUACACCACCACCUCCCUCCCAGGCAUCACCCAAGACGCUGCGCCCAGCACUGAACCCGCUGCUCACGUAGACUCCAGAGCUGGAGCAGGAGCUCAGAGAGCGGUGGAUCAUGCCGUUAUUGGAGGAGUGGUGGCCGUGGUGGUCUUCGCCAUGCUUUGUCUGCUUAUCAUUUUGGGACGAUACUUCGCGAGACACAAAGGCACCUACUUCACACACGAAGCGAAAGGGGCAGACGACGCAGCAGACGCCGACACGGCCAUCAUCAACGCUGAGGGCGGACACAACAACUCGGACGAGAAGAAGGAGUACUAUAUCUGAUUGUGCAAGCCUCUGGUGUUGUUAUUAUUAUUAUUUUUCUUGUUUUUCUUUUGUUUUUGUUUUUUGAUGGGUGGGAGGGGUGGGGCAUGGUGGGGUAAAGACUGGGGAAUGUUUUGUUGUUUUUCUUCCUAGGGAUUGAAUGAUGUAGAAUGCUACCUGGACAACUGAGAAGACGUAGGCAUCCGUGUUUGAGUAAGGCAGGGGUGGUGGCGAUAAGGGGUGGGUGCUUCUGGGGGGAGGUACGGGGUGGGCUUUGGUUGCCAGAUGUUGCCAGAUAUCAUUGUAGAGAGCUUCACCAUUCAACACCUCCCAAACUGCUGGUACUACUUUUGUUCAGUUCCUACCAUUUGCAGAAACUUCUGUGCCUUGUUCUGAAUUUUUUUUUUUCUUAGUCAUGCUUUAUUUUCUGUUGUUGUUGUUUUUGAACUCCCCCCACAUUUAGCCCUCCCCAUUCCUUUCUUCAUCACCAGUGUCGCCGUCUGCUUUCCUGUGAGGGUUACAUAUACACAGCGCCUCAAGACACCCCUGCACUGUGUAGGCAUCGAGUUCUUCUCCUGCAAACCAAAAUCUCAUCAGAUCCUAUCCUCUAUACUGUGAGCAGGCCAGGCCUCGUGGCACCGUUUUUAACACCUUUUUUGGUAAAUCCAGACUAUGUGCAUUUGACGUCCUAAACAUUUCACACCUAAAAAAAUUGGAACAGAGAAAAGCAAAAGCGCGAUCCAUCAAGUACAGCCGAUCUCAGUCCCAGUCAGCUCCACGUUGAGACGAUAGACGAGUGCUGACCCUGAACGCUGCACCUGUGUCUGUUCCGACAGGCCUGUCUGCGUUGCUAUAGAAUGCUUUUAUUCCUUCCUCUGUUUUCCUCCAUUUAUUUUUCAAAUUAAAUGUGCCAGUACAUUUGAAGCAUCGACGCGGUUCGGAACGAGCAUAGGUGCAGACAAAUUAUUUCCGACUUGACAUGCUGCACUUACAGAAGCAUAUUGUUCGGUUCCACUCAGCUAGAUGGAGCUGAAAGCCCUUUAGGUAUUUAUUGUUUUUGGUAUAAUGAUGUCUUGAGGUUUUUUUAGCCAUUUUCAUCCAG